AUGCCGAAUAACCGCUGUUUCUUCCAAUUUAAAUUUAUUAUUUUUACAAUUUUAUCGGUAUUCUUGACACAUCAUGUCAAUGGAGAGGCAGUUCAACUUACUAGUAGCAAUUUCGAUGAGUUAAUGAAAAAUGAAUUAGUAUUUAUUAAUUUUUAUGCUGAGUGGUGUCGGUUUAGUAAUAUAUUAGCUCCCAUAUUCGAUGAAGCCGCAGAUAAACUAAAGGAAGAAUUGCCAAGUGGUGCAAGUGUGGUGAUGGGAAAAGUAGACUGUGAUAAAGAGUCUUCCAUAGCGUCGAGGUUCCAAAUAACCAAGUACCCAACUCUGAAGGUAAUCAAAAAUGGUCAGCCGGCCAAGCGAGAGUAUCGUGGCCAGCGAUCAGCCGAGGCAUUUGUAGAAUUCAUUAAGAAACAAUUGGAAGAUCCUAUCAGAGAAUUCAAUGAUUUGAAAGAAUUAACAGAUCUAGACGAUAAAAAACGUAUGGUUAUUGGUUACUUUGAUAGGAAAGACGUUCCUGAGUAUGAUACGUUCCGUAAGGUUGCUAUCAACUUAAAAGAUGACUGUCAGUUUCACGUUGGUUUUGGCCUAUGCUCCAAUGAAGCCUGUGAAAUAGGACAAUAUAUUGAAAUAUUUGACGCUAGUCGUGCUAUGCAUCCACCGAACCAACCAAUAAUUGUAUUUAGGCCUGAUAAGGCUCUAUCAAAUGACCAGGACGAAACUUACCAAGGAAGUUUACUUGUUUAUGAUGAAUUAAAUAUCUGGGCCCAAGAGAAAUGCAUACCGCUUGUACGAGAAAUAACAUUUGAAAAUGCUGAGGAGUUAACUGAAGAAGGCUUGCCGUUCCUCAUUCUAUUUCAUGCACCUGAUGAUGUUGAAAAUGUUAAGAAGUUUAAAGACAUCGUCGUAUCGAAAUUGACUGAUGAAAAACAGAAUGUAAACUUCUUGACGGCUGAUGGAUUUAAAUUCGCUCACCCGCUCCACCAUCUAGGCAAAAGUCCAUCGGAUUUACCAUUGAUAGCAAUUGAUAGUUUCCGGCAUAUGUAUCUGUUCCCGAAAUUUAAAGAUAUUGAUGAAGAGGGAAAGUUGAAGCAAUUUUUACGUGACCUUUAUUCUGGUAAAUUGCAUCGUGAAUAUCACUAUGGUCCAGAUCCAACAAAUGAAUUAACUGACGACUCAAGAACACCCACUGUUCCACCAGAAUCAACGUUCAAGAAGCUCGCGCCAAGCAAAAACAGAUACACGCUACUUAAAGAUGAACUGUAAAAACAGACAUGUGAAUUA